AUGGAGUCGGGGCCGCUCAUAGGCGAUAUUGUGGAGAGGAAGGCAGGCGCGGAGGCAAAUGUUGAGUUCACCGACAACACGAUCUCAUCAACCGGGUUUCCCCAACAUAAACGCCGAUGGAAAUCCUCGGCCUUUAAACAAAGUCGCUCGCAAAAUGCAAACGAAAGCGAUGUGUCUCCAGCGACAGGAAAGUCUCGAAUCGAUGGGUCAGAUGGCGGCGCAAAGGAGAGCGGCCAUACCGUGAGCUUCGAAGAGGUUGAACGAAAGCGCAUUGACCACGAAAACCGUCAAAAAAUUGACGACAUGACACCGGAGGAGAUUGCACAAGCUCAAAGAGACAUUUUGAAUGGGUUGAAUCCCGCAUUAAUACAACGUCUCCUUCAGCGGUCGACGAUUGAUGAUCCUGAACCCAAUAUUUUCGAUUUGACUCAAAAUUCGUCAACAACGCCGCCUCCCGAGAUCACCGUAUCAGCCCCCGACCAGCCAGCCAAGGCUCCCUCCCCUUCAACCGAAACCCCGACCGAAAACCGGCCACCCUUGAAAAAAAAGAACAUCGCGGACGAUUAUGAUGAGGACGCUGAACCUCCUCAACUCCCAGAUUUGUUUCCUAUCACAGAUCCUCCGAAAUCAACACACUUUCCAGCACCCCCACAAGUCCCAGACCUCGACCCAGAUGACCCCAACUUCCUCCAGAAUCUACGCGAAAAAUACUUUCCAGAGCUGCCCGCUGAUCCUAGCAAGCUAGCAUGGAUGGCACCGGUGCCAACACCGAAUAGCGUUGCGGACAAAGAAUCCCCAUAUUACCCCCAUCCAGAAAUCGCCGUAUCUGCUCUGAGAUUCGAUUUCCGUGGUCGCUUCCUCUCGCCGCGGGUCAGCCGAACGAUUCCCUCCUCCGUGGGACUUCAUCAUCAUGGUGAGGCCCCAGAGGCUGCUGGUUAUACCAUCGAUGAACUCUCACGACUGGCUAGAAGCGCAGUGCCGUCUCAGCGCUGCAUAGCAUUUCAGACGUUGGGGAGAAUUCUUUUCCGACUGGGGAAUGGCGAAUGGGGUAAGACUGUAGACGACCCCAUCGCUAUGGGAGUGUGGAGCUCAGUGAAGAAGGGAAGAGCCAUCGAGUCCUUAACCGAAGCUGCCACCGUCGAGGGCGGCCAUCGAGGAAGCCGAGCAUACGCUACCGAGGCUUUGUGGCUAUUUGAAAAAGGCGGCUGGAAAGACAAAUUCAAAGGAAGGUGA